ACGGCGACCGCAAACGGGCGAGCAGAUAAACCAGAGUCUCCCAGGCGCCCGGCCAAUCCGACUGCGUAGCAAAUACGCCUAAACACCUCCCGACUUUUCCUCGCCUGUUCGUCGCCGUUCUGCGCGAUGGCGAGCUCGAUGUCGUCGUCGUUGCUCUCGCUGCGGGGGCGACGUCGUGGGGGAAGCUAGGCUGCGAGUGCAUCGCUGCCGAGAACAGUCUUUUCUCGCGCGGUCACCAGACCGCAUGAUCCCUCCUCUGCAACCAUCUGCGCUAUCUAUUCGCUCUCUGCUCGUCGUCGACGACGACGACGACCGCUACUUUAUAUGCGGAUGGCCGUCGCUGCGCAGAAAGACGUGCGGGCGGGCGAGGGAGGAAUCUCGAUUGGUCACACACGGACGCAAUUGGAGACCUUGGCCAUUCUCGGUGCACUCGCGCUCGCUGCUCGGAACAUCUGUUUCAUCAACGUGCUCGCGCUCGCCCGGGUCCGCUAGAAGAUGCGCACGUUCCCCUUCCAUGCGAGCUCGACGCGUGUGCCCUCCUACGCCCCUCCUUUUGUCCCGCCUCUUCCAGCAAGGCGGGCCAUUGAUCCGAAAUCAAUGCAGGACAAUCGAGAUGCGCGCAAUUCUAUUCAAAACUGGAAUGGUUGGCCUUGUGUGCGUACGUAUCCCCGCAAAGUCGUCCACAGCAUACACGGACCAUCAAACCGGGACGAGCUGCGGCUGACAUCAUUCGCUUGCCAUCCUCCCCGUGGAGGUCGCCCCUUCGUCACAUACUGGCAGGCUAGCAAUUGUUUUCACGUUCGCUAGAUGUGUGUAUACCAUGUUCG